CGAAUCCUUCCGUGUGUGACGUUAUUGUGCCGGUAGAGUCACUGUUGUCGCUCGGGCGGGAGCUUGUGCAAAAGGAUUUCGGGGUCUGUGAUGUUUUCCAAGUGAUGGAGAUCUCCUUUUUCCUUCGCCUCGAACUGAAGGCCUCAACUAUUGACAAUGUUAGCGAUGCGUCGUGAAAGUGAUCGACCAUACGGAAGUAGUGGAUCAUCUGGAAACGGUAGUAAUCUGGUGCCCAAUAUCAACAGCGGCUAUUCGUCUUAUCCUUCAAACGAAACUUCUUGUCUCAGCAGUUCUGCGGGUCCCACAGGAGCGGGUCUAGAUGAGUACGUGGACAUCCUGCAGGUGCAGCAACUCCUCCUCGAUUCAACGCCAUCCAGCAACGCCAACUCGGGCACAUCCAGCACUGCUAACAACUCAAAAGCACGUCCUCGCGUCAAUUUGCAGAAAGCCGCCGAGUACUCGAAUCAGGCACAAGCGGAAUCUCCGUCCAGGCGCGUCCUGCUUGACUAUCCGAGUCCCUAUCUUUAUGGCAACUAUCACCACACGUCGCCCAGUGAGGAUUUAGUUGCGCUAUGGUUUGGCGGGAAUGGAUCAGGUGGCGUUGCCCCUGGACCACCUGCCACGGCCAUGAUCAUGGAAGGGUUGGAAACCCUCGUUGCGCCAUCGCAUCACGCAUUCCUGCUCACUGAAUCCGCUGCCGCGGCCCAUUUCAACGUGCUCAGCUUCGACACUUGCCUGUUCAAGUCGGCCACCACCACAUCGUCCAGCAUCAGCAGCCACACGAGCAGCCCGGCCAAUCAUCACGGCACGGCCACCAGCAACACAAUCACCAGCUGCGGCAACGGGCCCAGUGGCAAUCUCAACAACAACACCCUCAGUAUCAACCACAAUCUCAGCGCCGCCAACCAGCAGCAGCAGCAGUCGCCCCACCAGGAAGCGCAGCAACAGCAACAGCAGCAGCAGCAGCAGAGCUCGGGUGGCGGAGGGCAUCCCCACUUGAGCCUCCUCACCGCGCCCGGAGCCACCGGCUCUGUGGGUGCUGAGGCGCCGUCCGUCGCCGAGGACGUCCAGGUCGUCUCGGAGUCGCAGCAGGGCGAUCUCAACACACCCGUCACCACAUCUGGUGACAUCCCGUCGUUCUUCGGACCCGCCACUGUCGUCGAACCACCGCCAAUUACCGGUUCCAUUGAGUCCGAAGACUUGUCACUGGAGCCACAGAGCACGUCCAGUCCGUGUGGCAGCCUGUGCAGUCCGCUGAAGGAGGAGCGCAGCAGCCCGUCGUCGAUCAUCAAGGAGGAGACAAGUAAUACCAGUAGUGCUACCAUGUAUCCCCAUCAUCAUCACCAUCAGAACCAUCAAAAUGCAGCACAACAACAACACCACCAUGCACACCACCAGCAACACAAUAGCCACGAUACACAACAACACAACACGCUAAACAAUCAACCACAUCAACACAACAGUCACCACCAACAUCACAGCCACCACACCACACAGCAUCAAUCUCCGUCAUCUGCAUCGACUCCAAAUACGUCCGCCCACCAUCAACACCACAACCACCACCAAAAUCCGCAGUCCGCGGGCAAAAUUUCAUACCGUGGCAUUUUCACAGCUACCGGCAGCCCGGGCAUGGGCCUCACCACCGCCCAGCUGGGGUCGCCGCAGCUCGCCGUGAUGCCGGGCCAGAUGUCGCCCCCGUCCGCCGGCCUGGGCAGCUGGGGCCUCCCGAGCCCCGACAAGACCCUCUUUCAGCCGCCCAUGUUCAGCCUGCUGGGCCCUGGGCCGCAGUCCGGCAACACGGGCCAGACCCACUACGCCAACCCGGCGACCACCCAGAGCCCCUCGCCCCACCAUCACGCCUACGGCGGCGAGGAGCGCCCCCACCAGCACGUGGAGCUCCUGGGGCUCAACAUGGACUGCUCGGGCAUCAUCCUGAAGCAGCCGCCGAACUACAGCAGCUGCGUGCCAACGUCCCUCUCCUCGCUGGACAUCCAGAGCUCCGCCGGGGACAUGCAUCAGUAUUCGCGCGGCCAGGGCUUGGGUGUGUCCACGCCCAAGUACCAGUGGCUCGACUCGCCGGUGGAGUACGGCAGUCCGCAGCAGUCGCUCGUGGGGCCCGGGCCCUCUUCCUCCUCGUCGUCAGUAUUGAUACCCAAGCAGGAGGCCUUCGUCUCCACCAACACCUGCUCCAGCGACUCCAGCCAGCAGCACCAGCAGAUGCAGCAGCAAUCCCAGUCCGCGUAUCCAGUGCAGCUGGCGGAGUACAAUCCGUCGACGAGCAAGGGACACGAGAUCCUGUCGCAGGUCUACCAGCAGAGCCCCAUUCCGCUCAAGCUGGUGCCGGUGAAGCCGCGCAAAUACCCCAAUAGGCCCAGCAAGACGCCAGUGCACGAGCGCCCGUACGCGUGUCCCGUGGAGAACUGCGAUCGCCGCUUCUCGCGAUCGGACGAACUCACCCGCCACAUUCGCAUCCACACCGGCCAGAAGCCCUUCCAGUGUCGCAUCUGCAUGCGAUCGUUCUCGCGAUCGGACCACCUCACCACGCACAUCCGCACGCACACGGGCGAGAAGCCCUUCUCGUGCGACGUGUGCGGGCGCAAGUUUGCGCGGUCGGACGAGAAGAAGCGCCAUGCCAAAGUCCACCUGAAGCAGCGCAUCAAGAAGGAGAGCAAGAUGCAGCAGAGCCAGUCCAGCGCAGCUCCACCGUCCGUGGUGGCGCCCAACAGCCACCAUCACCACCCGCCGCCGCAGCACACGGCGCACCACAUGCUCCACGACGACAUGAUCCCGAUCAUUGCGACAUCCUCCACGUCAGCCUUGUAGGCCGAUGCAUCAUCGAUCGAUAGCAUGCGAAUCACGGAUGACACAGUCACGGCACAGCACCUGUUAUACGCUGAGGACGUCGGCGGGGACGCUGAGGAUCACGACCUCGAUCUCAGUGACUUCAGCGUCGUGGAUCCGCACACGCUGGAUCUGGUGAGUGACGAUCCCUUUUCACUCGCCCCGCUGCCCGCGAUCGCGCCCGCGGACGAGCAGCCGCUGGUGAUCCUCUUCUUCCUGCAAUAAUGGCAGCACAGAGUCUAACCAUUGCACAAAAAGCAACAUACUGAAUGUGGUGUUUCCCCCCCAGAAAAAAACCAAGAUCGAUGGAAAUCUAUGUUGUGUCAAUGUGUUCUAAAAAAGAGAAAAAAAUGGUAAAAAUACGCAAGAUGUUAGUAUAAACUACAUAUUGGAAAAAAUGAAAAUGUGAUUGGUGGAAAUCUGUUUUUCGCGUGAUAUUGAUCGAUGAUCGAUCAACACUCUAAAUUUGAAUUAUGAUUAGAUAAAGAGAAUAAAUUUAAAAAAAACGACAUUAAAUUAUAGCUGAUUACGUAAUAUAAUAGAUGUUUUAUCUCAACUACUGUGAUCUCAAAUAAUAGACUUUAAUUUAAAAUAUUAAAAGUGUAAAUAAUGAGUUGAUUCAUUAAAGAAAAACACAACAACAUAGUUGUGAUCUCUUGUAAAGAGAUUAUAUUUCUGGAAAAUACACACAAAGAGUUCACAAUUUGGUCUUGUAUUGUUAAUCGGUGUAUUUUGAUUUUACUUUUUUCAUUUCACACAGUGGAAUUUAUUGACAAACGACGUUCAUAAUUAUGAUGUGCAAUCUUUUCCCAAUUUUUCUCUAUUUUCUAUGAGAUCAGCUGAAAUAUUUUAUUCAAAUGAUCGAGUUGCAAAAUAUCACAUUUCGUUGGGAGUAUUUUUGAAUCAUUAUAAUCAACUGGAUUUGCAACUGAAGAUUUUUGCCAUAAUGACAUGAAAAGGCCUACAUUUUCUAUGAGAAUUUCUGUCUCUUUUCAACAUUAAUCUCAUCUCUCGCCUGACUAUCGUCUCUAGAUAGAUCAAUUUCCAAAAUUGAAUAGAAUGUACAUUUUAGGCCAUAUUAGAUAAUACUUAUUUAAUUUUGAAGAUGUUAUUAAUCUGUGUAAUUUAACAUGAUAUAAAUAUUCUAAUGUAGAGAUAAAAAAACAAGAAUACAGAGAGAUGUAAAGAAAGAGGAAAAAAAGAUGAAAAAACUAAUAUUGAAUUAAAAUACACAAAAUUAACAAUGGCUUUAAUUAAUAUUAGAAUAAAAAAAAACAA